AUGUCGGCAGCAACUCAUCGGAAAUCUCAUUCCUUCGAAGACGUAGAUAGCCAUCAUGGUCGUUUGAACCCGUCCAGCGUGGCUGUUGAAGAAGGAGCUCGCUACACUAGUAGUUUCAGGCGAAAAAUGAAAUCUAUGCGGGGAUUGAGAUUUCGCCCUAUAAUCCCAGCAAUUAUUGGAGUGAGUCUUGGUUUCGCCUUGUCAAUGUUCUAUAUUCCUGUUGUUGAACAACAAUGUUUGUACGAUUUAGAAGAAUCACAAGUUAUAAUUUUAGGACAUAAACAACCCGGCUUGUCUGAUUCCAGAAAAGCAAAAAGCGAGGAAGUCAACUCAAAACCCAUCUUGCAUAACACCGUUGCUCCGAAAGUGUCCCACUAUGGUUACAGUUUACGUCCAUUUUACGUUGCUAGUGAACUUGGUCAUAGAGACAAAUUGCUCGUUGGUAUUUUAACAACGGAAGAGAAAAUUGAUUCAUUGGUCUUAGCUAUAAACAAUACCUGGGCUCCGCUUUUGCCGAAAAUUAUCUUCUUCACUCCAUUCUCGAGGGAUGUCGAUUUUUACGAGAAGUACAACAAGGUUUUGGGGCUUCCAAUCGUUCAGUUACCUAAUGUGGAAGAUGAGAAUUUUUCCAAGACAAAAUUUUCUUUCAAUAUGUUAAAAUAUAUGCACGAUCAUUACAUUAACAAUUACGAGUGGUUUAUGAGAGUCGAGGAUGCGAUGUAUCUCAAGGCGGAGAAACUAUUGGAGUUGCUGAACAGCGUGAAUAGUUCUAAAGAUGUUUACAUCGGAAGGCCGGGUUCUUACAAAGCUAAUGGGAUACAAGUAAACGAAGAUCUAUAUACCCAGGAGAAAUACUGCCUGGGAAACGCUGGAGUUGUGCUUUCAAGAAGCACCCUUAUGAAGCUGGUACCGAACUUGGAUACUUGUCAAGAAGACGCCUUGACUGAGCUUGAAGACGUGGAGUUGGGGCGAUGUUUGUAUAAGAAUCUUGGGCUUCAGUGUACGUGGAGUUACGAGGUGAGGUCAUCUUUUUAGGAUUUUUAUUCUAAAAGUUUUCCAAUAACAUUUUAGCAUUGUUAUUUACAAAUCACCCGCUGUGUCGAUAAAAAUUCAUGUUUUCAACAAUGUCAAUUAGCGCACUAUGGCAGAAAUAAUUUAACUAACUAAGGUUAAUUGAAUUCAGUUUUUUGUAUGUAUGGCCUAAUUCCUUCCCUUACUCAUUUUGUAUUUUUUAAUUUCUCGUUUGUGUCAUAACUUGAUUUACAGUCAAAAGGUAACAGUUUACACAGGUGUAAGUCAGGUUGUUUGUUUAUGUCCUUAUGAAGUGAUUUUAACAUUUCUGUAUUAAAAAAGCCAAAACAAUGGAACAAAAAACAUUCGUCACACUUUAAGGAUUGCAAAUAUUUCAUUUCCUAGCAACAGUACAGGUAUCCCCAGAAAAGCAGAAAGCAGGAAAAAUUUGCACUUUAUUUAGACAAAAUCUUUAAGACCUAGAUCAGAGUUGUAUUGAUUAAUUUAGAAAGACCUAAUGGUCCGUCAUGGGUAAUAAUUAAGAGAGAACUUUUGUUCAUUGAAGCAAACUCACUUCAAGAGUUUGAGGUGGGUGUAAGAUACAUUUAGUUUCAAACUAAAGGCCGGAAGGGGGGCACUAUAGACUUUCCUUGGCCCUUGUCCAACCAGCACAUGAGCAUGAAAAGUUACUUCCCAGGAAGUAAAAGGAAAAUCUAAAAUUGUCCCAGACUACUAGAAAGGACUCCACUUACAUGCAACAACAACAACAUCUUUUGUUUAAACACGGUGGGUCUUAAAGCUAAUAUAGCUUAUGGGGCCCGUGUAAAAAAUGUUAAUAAAAUAAUAAAAAUUAUUUUUAAAAAAAAUGAAUGUGGUCAAUAAAAGGUGAAAUAUGUACAACAAAAAAUAUGAAUAGAAUCAAUAAAAGACAAAAUCACUGUCAAUUUGGGCACAGCCCAUUUGCAAUGACUCUUCAUUAAAGUUCAAGUUUCUGAGGGUGUGAGACUUUUUUGCCCUUUCGCAUAAUUCCUGGCGCUGACAGCGGAUGGUUCUAAAAGAUUCCAGAUAAUGGAUCCUCUGUAAGAAAUACAGUUUUUCAUAUAAUAAGUUUCAAGACGUUGUACUCUAACACGAUGUUGAUGACAAAGGUCAUACUUAGAUUCUUUCCUCUGGAUUAAAGGCAUUGCAAGAUUUUUUUAAGUAUUCUUUCUAUAUCUUUAUUUGUAGGCAUCAGAUUUGUUUUAUCACUUCCCUGAAGAGAGUGAAUCUAGCAUAAUGAGUUUCAUUAAAGAGAGGAGAACAUCUCAUACUGUUACGUUGUCCCCCAUCUCUAAUCCUGUGACUAUGUACAAAAUACAUCGCUAUCUCACCGAGUUGGAACUUAAUAAGACCUUUGUGGAAACAAGAACUCUUCAGAAUGCCAUUAAAGACAUGUUGCCAUAUUUACCAGAUGGUAAGUACAGGAUAAUUUUACAACUUCUUGUGUAGUUUCUUUUAACCAGGUUUUCAGGUGGGUUUUGAGAUUCUCAGUCAUUCUCAGACAAUUAGAGAGACAACAAGUGACUGAACUGGCUUUCUGUUAAGAAUUAGGCUAUUGUCAUUUGCAAGUUGUUCUCCAGGGCCGGAUUGUUCGAAGCUGGGUUAACGAAACCCAGGUUUAGUGCAAAAUUUGAACUCGCUUAUGAGAGCUUAAAAAGCAAAUUCAGUUUAAUUCUCUUUUCUUACAAUUUGAUGAUUGGAUACUCUAAAAAGAAUAGAGAAAAUUAUCCGAGAGAGUGCUUUUGGUAAAUAGAAAAAGAAACCCAGGUUAAAAUUUAACCACGGGUUAGCGCUAACCGGCGUUUGAACAACUGGGCCCAGUUGGAGAGCAAGGGUGGCACAAUGGUGUGGCCUAGGGUCAAGUCCAAGUAUCAACCCCAUAUACGUUCCUAGGGGAGGAGGAUAUGUCCCUAAAUUUACUAUGGGGGUGUGCCACUUAAUUUUUGACAUUCUGGACCUGUUCAAUUUGGAAAGAGAUGAAUUUUGCGACCCUGUUCAGAGACAAAAUAAAAAAAAUAUGUAUUUUAGGCUAGGCAGGCUGAAAUUAUAGGGAGAUAGCUGAAAUAGGAAUCCUGUUUCAGUGGCCAGCUCAGUGUUAAAAUGAUGAAGGGAGUGCAGUUUUGCACCUAAGCCUUAUCAAGUACAAUGCAGGAUUACCGUAAAUGACCUAAUAAACGCCCAUUUCCAAAUUAAAGCCUCUUAUCUAAUAAACGCCCAAUCUACGCUGUUAACAUUUUAUUAAAUGCCCCUCUCAAGUAAAUGGCCCCUGUCUAAUAAAGGCCUCCUUGUGAGAACUACUCCAAAAUAUGAGAAAUUAGCUAAAAGGAGCAAAAUCAUUCAAUUCAUACAGUUGAUUAACAAUACUGUGCAUGUUUCAUCUUGUUCAAUGUCAAGUUCCAAGUAAGGAUAGACUAAUGAUGGCAACACAAAAACCCUAAGCUAGGAUUCUGAAAUCGAUGUUGGAAUUUGAAAGAGUGAUAUGUAUCUGUAGACAGCCUAGAUGUAUGAAGAGAGAUGAUUUUUAUCCCCUUUAGUUAUUUUAUUUUCUUUGUUAUUUAGUCACUCACAUAACAUAACAUUAAAAUGUUACAAAAGUUGUUGAUUGAAAUGUAAGUUAAUGUGACAAGGAACCCUAAAGAAACUGGGAGCUUAUAUUAAUAGGCCUCCUUAAGCUAGAUUGCAAAGGCUUAUUUGAUUGCAGACUGUACAGAAAACAUAAAACUUUAGGGACAGAGCAACUAUCAAUGGGAUAAUUUUUCAGAUUUAAAAAAAACAAAUUUGAAAGAAGAGCUGGUUAGUGAAAUAGGCAACAAAUUCCAGAUUGUUGGUUCUCCAUAAAGGAUACUGAACUGUUUUAUAUUAGUUCUACAAAUAUGGCUGGUCGAGUUUCAUAAUGGUAAACCUGACUACUACUUAGAAAGAGGUUGCGAAAGCUACUAGGCAGAAGAUUAUGGUGAUACGAAUACAUAAAUGUAGCAACAGAAAGAGAAUUAAAGCCUUAUAUGUCAAGGACUUUAAGUUGGCUAAAUGAUGCAGCGGGUUUUGCUAGAUAGUGAGAGCUUCUCAGGACAUCCAAAGCACCCAAACGCGUCGUACACUGUAUCUUUCUAUCGUCCGGUGCCGCCUCUGCUACGUAACCGAAGUAUGGUCACCAAAGUCAAUUGGCUUACUAAAGCGUGUUGAGAACGUGCAGCGCCGUGCAACAAAACCAAUUUUAAAGCUUGCCUUCCGUUGGAAUGCAACCUAUAAGUCCCGCCUCCAACUAACUGACAAAUCUUUUGCCCAUCUUAUACUGGCAAGAAUUUUUGGAUAUAUUGUUUUUCUAUAAAGCUGUAAAUAACCUAGUUUUUGUAGAUGGUGAAGCUCUGCCUCUUACUAGACAAUUAACGAGAUUUACUAGGUCAUCGAGUCGCAAUGCUAUAUAUCCCUAAAACCAAGUAGAACUGUUACUUAUCAACGCUCAUUUUUCAUCCCGCGUGCCGCACAUGGAAUGUUCUGCCCUGAGUUACGCACAAAUCACAUUUCUCUAGCUUCUUUUAAACGUUUAGGCCUCUGUACAACGCUAACGAAAUCAGAACCAGGAGAACAAUCUGCCCCAGGAGCAAUAUAGCGAGGACUCUCCUGCGCCUGUCGUCGUUCUUAGCAAUUUGAACUUCCGUCUUUGUCUUUUUUUUCCUGUUUAUUAGUGGCCUUAGUCAUUAGUUAUAUAUUUCAUUUUUAUUUGUAUUUUUAACCUUGGAUCCUCUGUAAUUGGCUAGGCUGAAGUAGUCUCCCUGCUUAAUAUUUUUUUGUAUAUGAGUGUUGUUUUCUAGUUAGGCGAAACUAAAUAAAUAAAUGUUCAUUACUCCAUUAUAUAAUAGAGGGAAUGGAAGAAUUAGUACUUCAUAAUUAAGCUGUUUGACAAAAAGAGGCCAAACUAAGGCAAAAAAAACCUAAACAAGCAAUUACAAAACUACUUGGCAAGCAACUCUUGUUAAAACGGGCGACCACUUACUUUGCGUGUAGACCAAGAUAAGAUUCUUUAACUCGCUUGAAAGAGUAGCGUGUUGUGAUUGAGAUGAAGAUAAAACGCCAGAUUUGAAAAGUGAUCAAAGCAAGACAACUUUAACGAAGGCGUGGCUUUUUUGUUCUAUCCGAAGCUGGAAGACGUGGAGUUUUGUUGAAUUUUUGUUCAUUGACAGCCGAGCAAACUGUUUAGAAUAAAGAUAAACACGAAGGUUAAAACUGAAGUUUUGGCUACGCUUUCUUGGUAAAUUUGUGAUAUUCGAGGGAGCGGUUAAUCUGACACUAAUAAGCGACGCAAAUAUUGUGCUCAAGAAGGCAUGUGUCUUCUCUUUAAAAAAUGAAAAAAAACCGGCGCCUUCAUCUUGGAUUUCGUCAGGCCACACUACCGCUCGUAAUGUGUUAAUUUUUCGUCCCGAUUAUAUAGCGUAAUCGUAUACCGCAAUGGUACAAUUAGAACAGAAAAUUGCCUUAAACGGUUGCUGACAAAACCGAGAUUGACUUGAUUUACUCGUGCAACAGACGUAUAAAUAUAACGACCAUUUUUGAAAACAUCCUAUACUUUUACACAAAUUGUGAUAGUAGAAUUUCGCUAUAGGAAACAAACGUCCUAGGGGUUUCUUUGUCGGUUGUCUCGGGCAUGUUUCCCGAAAAUUUAGCUCCUGCACCUCAAUAUAAUAUCCCUGAAUUUGCUCAUGAAAGGAAACACAGUGGAACGUCAUUCUAAAUGUCUCGAAAGUUUUUUCCCACUCAUUGCUUAUCCGUGAUACAAUACAAUAACCCCCGAAGUGACCCGUCGUCAGGUGAUAGCCUGUAGUUUGUGUCAUGAUCCGGGGGGAGUAACAAUUCCCUAUACACUGCCUCUCAGGGAAAGUGCAGCUUUAUCAGGCUUCAGCUAUAUAGAAGGGUAGGGUUUGGGAUUUUACGAGUUGAAGCAUAUGAAAGGUCAGUAAACUUUAAACUAUUGCGAACAGAAACACCUUCAAUUAAUUAAACGCUACAUGAAAAAGACAAGAAGGUUUUUUUGGCGAUUUCUUCAUUCCAAGGGUUUGGAAAAAGAAGGGAAGUUGGUUUUUGGAAGGAAGACAAUUUUUCCAGGAAAGGUGUACUAAAGAGUACCUUUUCCUUCAAAACUGUACGAGAGGGUUGGGGUUUGGACGGCUUGGAGUGAGCCUAGGCUUUUGUACAUCUGAUGCUAGCAUUUUUUCGAGCAUUUUAGUAAGGCAAAAGCAUUGAGCAUUAUUCGAGCAUUUUAGUGGCAUUUUCCCCGGAACAUUAAUUUUUCCGAGAAAAUAAAAUAGAAAUUAACUUUUUUCAGGAACCCAUGCCCCAUGAGCUCCUGUUUUCUUAAGCAAAACGAAGACUAAAACUCAAAAUUUACAAAAAACCUAAUAUAGCUGUUUUUUUUGCUGUAUUUAUGAACUUGUACACGUUGUCGUUGUUACUUGCAACACUUGCACGUUUUUUUAAGUAUAAACUUUGAAAUUAAUUAACAAAAAACCGUUUGUAUAAUGAGCAUUGUCCGAGCAUUUUAGUGACUUUUUUGGGGAGACCGAGCAUUUUAGUUGGAAAAAUGGAGCAUUAAGGUGGAGCAUUUUAGUAGGGAAAGUAAAAGCAUAAUGUACAAAAGCCUAAGUGGGCCGCCGUUUAAAUGACUUUGUUGACUACUCCACUCAACCCCCCUCGCGGAGUCAUGCUGGUCCACUGAUUGAGCAUUCCUUUUUUUCUCAGGGGUCCCCGAGAAACGACCAUCGUGGCCAAUAGGAUUUCGGCAGCCAUUCAAGCCUACGUCUCGGUUUGAGGUCUUACAGUGGGAGUACUUCACUGCUACUUCAAGUUACGGCUUCACAGAGACCAAUCCUAAGGUAAGAAUUUGAUUUGGGGGUCAUCUGAUCGAUUUCCUUGUUAUUAAGGCAGUCAACGCGUGUGAAACACAUAAUCUCGUGCCCAGAAUUCUAAUCGACUGUACGAAAUUAUGGAACACGGUCUUUUCCCAACGCAAUGAACCAAAACCUUGUCAAACGUUGUCUUCUUGAGUCAUUCGGGAGCUUAAGCAGCCACAACGCCUGCGGCAGUUGAAACGUCACUAAAAAAAUUGAAUGUGCGUUUAUUCAAAUUUUAUUACGUUUAUUUAGCCCCUUGCAAUUAUUCAAUUAUUGGAGUAUCAUGGGUAACAUGAGAAAACAGCCAACAUCUCACGACGCCAACACUGGUUUCCACGCGACGUGACGUCUGAGAAACUGAACGAGCGCAGAAAUUCCAUACUGAUGACGUGUGACGUGUGGGUAGUGCUUCUAACUGGAUGAAGCAAAUUUUCAACCAAUCAGAAGCAUUAUCCAGAUUCUUGAUGAUCGUAAAACACGUUUUUUUUUUCAUGAUCAGGUGGCUUUGCGAGGGGACUACAAAAAAGAUGUUGAAGAUGUCAAAGAAACAGCGAUAAAAAUGCUAUCACGAGAAUACAGUAACCAGGAUAAAGAGUUCCGCUUGAUCAAUGAUUUUUAUUCUAAAAGUUUUCCAAUAACAUUUUAGCAUUGUUAUUUACAAAUCACCCGCUGUGUCGAUAAAAAUUCAUGUUUUCAACAAUGUCAAUUAGCGCACUAUGGCAGAAAUAAUUUAACUAACUAAGAUUAAUUGAAUUCAGUUUUUUGUAUGUAUGGCCUAAUUCCUUCCCUUACUCAUUUUGUAUUUUUUAAUUUCUCGUUUGUGUCAUAACUUGUUUUCCAUAAAAAGUUAACAGUUUACACAGGUGUAAGUCAGGUUGUUUGUUUAUGUCCUUAUGAAGUGAUUUGAACACUUCUGUAUUAAAAAAGCCAAAACAAUGGAACAAAAAACAUUCGUCACACUUUGAGGAUUGCAAAUAUUUCAUUUCCUGGCAACAGUACAGGUAUCCCCAGAAAAGCAGAAAGCAGGAAAAAUUUGCACUUUAUUUAGACAAAAUCUUUAAGACCUAGAUCAGAGUUGUAUUGAUUAAUUUAGAAAGACCUAAUGCUCCGUCAUGUGUAAUAAUUAAGAGAGAACUUUUGUUCAUUGAAGCAAACUCACUUCAAGAGUUUGAGGUGGGUGUAAGAUACGUUUAGUUUCAAACUAAAGGCCGGAAGGGGGGCAUUAUAGACUUUCCUUGGCCCUUGUCCAACCAGCACAUGGGCAUGAAAAGUUACUUCCCAGGAAGUAAAAGGAAAAUCUAAAAUUGUCCCAGACUACUAGAAAGGACUCCACUUACAUGCAACAACAACAACAUCUUUUACUUAAACACGGUGGGUCUUAAAGCUAAUAUAGCUUAUGGGGCCAUGUAAAAAAUGUUAAUAAAAUAAUGAAAAUUAUUUUUUAAAAAAAUGAAUGUGGUCAAUAAAAGGUGAAAUAUGUACAACAAAAAAUAUCAAUAGAAUCAAUAAAAGACAAAAUCACUGUCAAUUUGGGGACAGCCCAUUUGCAAUGACUCUUCAUUAAAGUUCAAGUUUCUGAGGGUGUGAGACUUUUUUGCCCUUUAGCAUAAUUCCUGGCGCUGACAGCGGAUGGUUCUAAAAGAUUCCAGAUAAUGGAUCCUCUGUAAGAAAUACAGUUUUUCAUAUAAUAAGUUUCAAAACGUUGUACGCUAACACGAUAUUGAUGACGGAAGUCAUACUCAGAUUCUUUCCUUUGGAUUAAAUGCAUUGCGAGAUUUUUUUAAGUAUUCUUUUUAUAUCUUUAUUUCUAGGCGUCAGAUUUGUUUUAUCACUUCCCUGAAGAGAGUGAAUCUAGCAUAAUGAGUUUCAUUAAAGAGAGGAGAACAUCUCAUACUGUUACGUUGUCCCCCAUCUCUAAUCCUGUGACUAUGUACAAAAUACAUCGCUAUCUCACCGAGUUGGAACUAAAUAAGACUUUUGUGGAAACAAGAACUCUUCAGAAUGCCAUUAAAGACAUGUUGCCAUAUUUACCAGAUGGUAAGUACAGGAUAAUUUUAAAACUUCUUGUGUAGUUUCUUUUAACCAGGUUUGUAGGUGAGUUUUGAGAUUCUCAGUCAUUCUCAGACAAUUAGAGAGACAACAAAUGACUGAAAAAGCUUCCUGUUAAGAAUUAGGCUAAUGUCAUUUGCAAGUUGUUCUCCAGGGCUGGUUUGUUCGAAGCUGGGUUAAGGUAACCCAGGUUUAGUGCAAAAUUUGAACUCGCUUAUGAGAGCUUAAAAAGCAAAUUCAGUUUAAUUCUCUUUGCUUACAAUUUGAUGAUUGGAUACUCUAAAAAGAAUAGAAAACAUUAGCUGAGAGAGUGCUUUUGAUAAAUAGAAAAAGAAACCCAGGUUAAAAUUUAACCAGGGGUUAGAGCUAACCGGCGUUUGAACAACUGGGCCCAGUUGGAGAGCAAGGGUGGCACAAUGGUGUGGCCUAGGGUCAAGUCCAAGUAUCAACCCCAUAUACGUUCCUAGGGGAGGAGGAUAUGUCCCUAAAUUUACUAUGGGGGUGUGCCACUGAAUCUUUGACACUCUGGACCUGUUCAAUUUGGAAAGAGAUGAAUUUGCUACCCUGUUCAAAGACAAAAUAAAAAAAAUACGUAUUUUAGGCUAGGCAGGCCGAAAUUAUAGGGAGAUAGCUGAAAUAGGAAUCCUGUUCCAGUGGCCAGCUCAGUGUUAAAAUGAUGAAGGGAGUGCAGUUUUGCACCUAAGCCUUAUCAAGUACAAUGCAGGAUUACCGUAAAUGACCUAAUAAACGCCCAUUUCCAAAUUAAAGCCUCUUAUCUAAUAAACGCCCAAUCUACGCUGUUAACAUUUUAUUAAAUGCCCCUCUCAAGUAAAUGGCCCCUGUCUAAUAAAGGCCUCCUUGUGAGAACUACUCCAAAAUAUGAGAAAUUAGCUAAAAGGAGCAAAAUCAUUCAAUUCAUACAGUUGAUUAACAAUACUGUGCAUGUUUCAUCUUGUUCAAUGUCAAGUUCCAAGUAAGGAUAGACUAAUGAUGGCAACACAAAAACCCUAAGCUAGGAUUCUGAAAUCGAUGUUGGAAUUUGACAGAGUAAUAUGGAUCUGUAGACAGCCUAGUUGUAUGAAGAGAGAUGAUUUUUAUCCCCUUUAUUAAUGUUAUUUUAUUUUAUUUGUUAUAUAGUCACUCACAUAACAUAACAUUAAAAAUGUUACAAAAGUUGUCGAUUGAAAUGUAAGUUUAUGUGACAAGGAAGCCCAAAGAAGCUAGGAGCUUAUUUUAAUAGGCCUCCUUAACCCUUUAAGCCACAUACAAAUUCUCUAGAGUGAUCUCCACCCAUUUCUUUUAAGAAUAGUUGAGAGAAAUUGGUUUAAGAUCGAAGCAUUCUCCCUUUAGUAAUCAAUUUAGUGAUUCUCAUAACCUUUACUCUUGAUGAUCUACUGAUGUUUUUAGGAGAAAAUUGAUGUUAGUCAUUCUUGGGGCCUAAAGGGUUAAGCUAGAUUUCAAAGGCUUACUUGAUUGUAGACUGUACAGAAAACAUAAAACUUUAGGGACAGAUUGACUAUCAAUGAGAUAAUUUUUCAGAUUUUUUUUAAAAAGAAACUUGGAAGAAGAGCUGGUUAGUGAAAUAGGCAACGAAUUCCAGAUUAUUGGUCCUUCAUAACGGAUACUGAACUGCUUUAUAUUAGUUCUACAAAAAUGGCUGGUCAAGUUUCAUAAUGGUGAACCUGACUACUACUUAGAAAGAAGUUGCGAAAGCUACUAGGCAGAAGAUUAUGGUGAUACGAAUACAUAAAUGUAGCAACAGAAAAAGAAUUAAUGCCUUAUAUGUCAAGGACUUUACGUUGGCUAAAUGAUGGAGCGGGAUUUGCUAAAUAGUGAGAGCUUCUCAGUACAUCCAAAGCACCCAAACGCGUCGUACACUGUAUCUUUCUAUCGUCCGGUGCCGCCUCUGCUACGCAACCGAAGUAUGGUCACCAAAGUAAAUUGGCUUACUAAAGCGAGUUGAGAACGUGCAGCGCCGUGCAACAAAACCAAUUUUAAAGCUUCCCUUCCGUUGCAAUACAACCUAUAAGUCCCGCCUCCAACUAACUGACAAAUCUUUUGUCCAUCUUAUACUGGCAAGAAUUUUUGGAUAUAUUGUUUUUCUAUAAAGCUGUAAAUAACCUAGUUUUUGUAGAUAGUGAAGCUCUGCCUAUUACUCGACAAUUAACGAGAUUUACUAGGUCAUCGAGUCGCAAUGCUAUAUAUCCCUAAAACCAAGUAGAACUGUUACUUAUCAACGCUCAUUUUUCAUCCCGCGUGCCGCACAUGGAAUGUUCUUCCCUGAGUUACGCACAAAUCACAUUUCUCUUGCUUCUUUUAAACGUUUAGGCCUCUGUACAACGCUAACGAAAUCAGAACCAGGAGAACAAUCUGUCCCAGGUGCAAUAUAGCGAGGACUCUCCUGCUCCCGCUAUCGUGCUUAGGAAUUGGAACUUCGUCUUUGUCUUUUUUUCCUGUUUAUUAGUAGCGUUAGUCAUUGGUUAUAUAUUUGAUUUUUAUUUAUUUUUUAACCUGGGAUCCUCUGUAAUUGGCUUGGCUGUAGUAGUCUCCCUGCCUAAUAAUUUUUUGUAUAUAAAUAUUGUUUUCUAGUUAGGCGAAGCGAAAUAAAUAAAUGUCCAUUACUCCAUUAUAUAAAAGGGGGAAUGGAGGAAUUAGUACUUCAUAAUUAAGCUGUUUUACAAAAACAGGCCAAACUAAGGCAAAAAAAAACCUAAACAAGCUGUUACAAGACUACAUGGCAAGCAACUCUUGUUAAAAUAAGCGACCACUUACUUUGCGUGUAGACCAAGAUAAGAUUCUUUAAAUCGCUUGAAAGGGCAGCGUGUUGUGAUUGAGAUGAAGAUAAAACGCCAGAGUGAAAACUGAUCAAAACAAAACAUCAGAUUUGUUUUAUCACUUCCCUGAAGAGAGUGAAUCUAGCAUAAUGAGUUUCAUUAAAGAGAGGAGAACAUCUCAUACUGUUACGUUGUCCCCCAUCUCUAAUCCUGUGACUAUGUACAAAAUACAUCGCUAUCUCACCGAGUUGGAACUAAAUAAGACUUUUGUGGAAACAAGAACUCUUCAGAAUGCCAUUAAAGACAUGUUGCCAUAUUUACCAGAUGGUAAGUACAGGAUAAUUUUAAAACUUCUUGUGUAGUUUCUUUUAACCAGGUUUGUAGGUGAGUUUUGAGAUUCUCAGUCAUUCUCAGACAAUUAGAGAGACAACAAAUGACUGAAAAAGCUUCCUGUUAAGAAUUAGGCUAAUGUCAUUUGCAAGUUGUUCUCCAGGGCUGGUUUGUUCGAAGCUGGGUUAAGGUAACCCAGGUUUAGUGCAAAAUUUGAACUCGCUUAUGAGAGCUUAAAAAGCAAAUUCAGUUUAAUUCUCUUUGCUUACAAUUUGAUGAUUGGAUACUCUAAAAAGAAUAGAAAACAUUAGCUGAGAGAGUGCUUUUGAUAAAUAGAAAAAGAAACCCAGGUUAAAAUUUAACCAGGGGUUAGAGCUAACCGGCGUUUGAACAACUGGGCCCAGUUGGAGAGCAAGGGUGGCACAAUGGUGUGGCCUAGGGUCAAGUCCAAGUAUCAACCCCAUAUACGUUCCUAGGGGAGGAGGAUAUGUCCCUAAAUUUACUAUGGGGGUGUGCCACUUAAUUUUUGACAUUCUGGACCUGUUCAAUUUGGAAAGAGAUGAAUUUUGCGACCCUGUUCAGAGACAAAAUAAAAAAAAUAUGUAUUUUAGGCUAGGCAGGCUGAAAUUAUAGGGAGAUAGCUGAAAUAGGAAUCCUGUUUCAGUGGCCAGCUCAGUGUUAAAAUGAUGAAGGGAGUGCAGUUUUGCACCUAAGCCUUAUCAAGUACAAUGCAGGAUUACCGUAAAUGACCUAAUAAACGCCCAUUUCCAAAUUAAAGCCUCUUAUCUAAUAAACGCCCAAUCUACGCUGUUAACAUUUUAUUAAAUGCCCCUCUCAAGUAAAUGGCCCCUGUCUAAUAAAGGCCUCCUUGUGAGAACUACUCCAAAAUAUGAGAAAUUAGCUAAAAGGAGCAAAAUCAUUCAAUUCAUACAGUUGAUUAACAAUACUGUGCAUGUUUCAUCUUGUUCAAUGUCAAGUUCCAAGUAAGGAUAGACUAAUGAUGGCAACACAAAAACCCUAAGCUAGGAUUCUGAAAUCGAUGUUGGAAUUUGACAGAGUAAUAUGGAUCUGUAGACAGCCUAGUUGUAUGAAGAGAGAUGAUUUUUAUCCCCUUUAUUCAUGUUAUUUUAUUUUAUUUGUUAUAUAGUCACUCACAUAACAUAACAUUAAAAAUGUUACAAAAGUUGUCGAUUGAAAUGUAAGUUUAUGUGACAAGGAAGCCCAAAGAAGCUAGGAGCUUAUUUUAAUAGGCCUCCUUAACCCUUUAAGCCACAUACAAAUUCUCUAGAGUGAUCUCCACCCAUUUCUUUUAAGAAUAGUUGAGAGAAAUUGGUUUAAGAUCGAAGCAUUCUCCCUUUAGUAAUCAAUUUAGUGAUUCUCAUAACCUUUACUCUUGAUGAUCUACUGAUGUUUUUAGGAGAAAAUUGAUGUUAGUCAUUCUUGGGGCCUAAAGGGUUAAGCUAGAUUUCAAAGGCUUACUUGAUUGUAGACUGUACAGAAAACAUAAAACUUUAGGGACAGAUUGACUAUCAAUGAGAUAAUUUUUCAGAUUUUUUUUAAAAAGAAACUUGGAAGAAGAGCUGGUUAGUGAAAUAGGCAACGAAUUCCAGAUUAUUGGUCCUUCAUAACGGAUACUGAACUGCUUUAUAUUAGUUCUACAAAAAUGGCUGGUCAAGUUUCAUAAUGGUGAACCUGACUACUACUUAGAAAGAAGUUGCGAAAGCUACUAGGCAGAAGAUUAUGGUGAUACGAAUACAUAAAUGUAGCAACAGAAAAAGAAUUAAUGCCUUAUAUGUCAAGGACUUUACGUUGGCUAAAUGAUGGAGCGGGAUUUGCUAAAUAGUGAGAGCUUCUCAGUACAUCCAAAGCACCCAAACGCGUCGUACACUGUAUCUUUCUAUCGUCCGGUGCCGCCUCUGCUACGCAACCGAAGUAUGGUCACCAAAGUAAAUUGGCUUACUAAAGCGAGUUGAGAACGUGCAGCGCCGUGCAACAAAACCAAUUUUAAAGCUUCCCUUCCGUUGCAAUACAACCUAUAAGUCCCGCCUCCAACUAACUGACAAAUCUUUUGUCCAUCUUAUACUGGCAAGAAUUUUUGGAUAUAUUGUUUUUCUAUAAAGCUGUAAAUAACCUAGUUUUUGUAGAUAGUGAAGCUCUGCCUAUUACUCGACAAUUAACGAGAUUUACUAGGUCAUCGAGUCGCAAUGCUAUAUAUCCCUAAAACCAAGUAGAACUGUUACUUAUCAACGCUCAUUUUUCAUCCCGCGUGCCGCACAUGGAAUGUUCUUCCCUGAGUUACGCACAAAUCACAUUUCUCUUGCUUCUUUUAAACGUUUAGGCCUCUGUACAACGCUAACGAAAUCAGAACCAGGAGAACAAUCUGUCCCAGGUGCAAUAUAGCGAGGACUCUCCUGCUCCCGCUAUCGUGCUUAGGAAUUGGAACUUCGUCUUUGUCUUUUUUUCCUGUUUAUUAGUAGCGUUAGUCAUUGGUUAUAUAUUUGAUUUUUAUUUAUUUUUUAACCUGGGAUCCUCUGUAAUUGGCUUGGCUGUAGUAGUCUCCCUGCCUAAUAAUUUUUUGUAUAUAAAUAUUGUUUUCUAGUUAGGCGAAGCGAAAUAAAUAAAUGUCCAUUACUCCAUUAUAUAAAAGGGGGAAUGGAGGAAUUAGUACUUCAUAAUUAAGCUGUUUUACAAAAACAGGCCAAACUAAGGCAAAAAAAAACCUAAACAAGCUGUUACAAGACUACAUGGCAAGCAACUCUUGUUAAAAUAAGCGACCACUUACUUUGCGUGUAGACCAAGAUAAGAUUCUUUAAAUCGCUUGAAAGGGCAGCGUGUUGUGAUUGAGAUGAAGAUAAAACGCCAGAGUGAAAACUGAUCAAAACAAAACAUCUUUAACGAAGGCUUUUUUGUUCUAUCCGAGGAUGGAAGACAGUGGAGUUUUGUUGAAUUUUUGUUCAGUGACAGCCGAGCAAACUGUUUAGAAUGAAGAUAAACACGAAGGUUAAAACUGAAGUUUUGGCUAAGCUUUCUUGGUAAAUUUGUGAUAUUCGAGGGAGCGGUUAAUCUGACACUUAUAAACGACGCAAAUAUUGUGCUCAAGAAGGCAUGUUUCUUCUCUCUAAUAAAUGAAAAAAAACCCCGGCUCUUUCAUCUUGGAUUUCGUCAGGCCACACUGCCGCUCGUAAUGUUUUAAUUUUUUGUCCCGAUUAUAUAGCGUAAUCGUAUACCGCAAUGGUACAAUUAGAACAGAAAAUUGCCUUAAACGGUUGCUGACAAAACCGAGAUUUACUUAGUCUGCUACACAGCCGUUUUUAGUGUCGUCACGCAAAGCUCCUCCCCACUAACGGCGUUAGUGGGGAGGAGCGUUGCGUGACGACACUAAAAACGGCUGUGUAGCAGACUAAGAUUUACUUGAUUUACUCGUUUAACAGACGUAUAAAUAUAACGACCAUUUUUGAAAACAUCCUAUACUUUUACACAAAUUGUGAUAGUAGAAUUUCGCUAUAGGAAACAAACGUCUUAGGGAUUUCUUUGUCGGUUGUCUCGGGCAUGUUUCCCGAAAAUUUAGCUCCUGCACCUCAAUAUAAUAUCCUUGAAUUUGCUCAUGAAAGGAAAGACAGUGGAACGUCAUUCUAAAUGUCUCGAAAGUUUUUUCCCACUCAUUGCUUAUCCGUGAUACAAUACAAUAACCCCCGAAGUGCCCCGUCGUCAGGUGAAAGCCUGUAGUUUGUGUCAUGAUCCGGGGGGAGUAGCAAUUCCCUAUACACUGCCUGUCAGGGAAACUGCACCUUUACCAGGCUUCAGCUAUAUAGAAGGGUAGGGUUUGGGAUUUUACGAGUUGAAUCAUAUGAAAGGUCAGUAAACUUUAAACUAUUGCGAACAGAAACGCCUUCAAUUAAUUAAACGCUACAUGAAAAAGACAAGAAGGUUUUUUUGGCGAUUUCUUCAUUCCAAGGGUUUGGAAAAAGAAGGGAAGUUGGUUUGUGGAACGAAGACAAUUUUUCCAGGAAAGGUGUACUAAAGAGUACCUUUUCCUUCAAAACUGUGCGAGAGGGUUGGGGGUUGGACGGCUUGGAGUGGGCCGCCGUAUAAAUGACUUCGUUGACUACUCCACUGAACCCCCCUCGCGGAGUCAUGCUGGUCCACUGAUAGAGCAUUCCUUUUUUUUCUCAGGGGUCCCCGAGAAACGACCAUCGUGGCCGAUAGGAUUUCGGCAGCCAUUCAAGCCUACGUCUCGGUUUGAGGUCUUACAGUGGGAGUACUUCACUGAUACUUCUAGUUACGGCUUCACAGAGACCAAUCCUAAGGUAAGAAUUUGAUUUGGGGGUCAUCUGAUCAAUUUCCUUGUUAUUAAGGUAGUCAACGCGCGUGAAACACAUAAUCUCGUGCCCAGGUCUCCAAUCGACGGUACGAGAUUAUGGAACACAGUCUUUUUCCAACGCCGAGGCAAUGAACCAAAACCUUGUCAAACGUUGUUUUCUUGAGUCAUUCGGGAGGUUAAGCAACCACAACGCCUGUGGCAGUUUUACCGUCACUUAAAAAAUUGAAUGUGCCUUCUUUUAAACUUUAUUACGUUUAUUUAGUCCCUUUCAAUCAUUCAAUUAUUGGAGUAUCAAGAGUAGCAUGAGAAAACAGCUAACGUCUCACGACGCCACCACUGGUUUUCCCGCGAAAUGACGUCUGAGAAACUGAACGAGCGCAGAAAUUCCGUACCCAGACCUGGUUAGUGCUUCUGAUUGGAUGAAGCGAAUUUCCAACCAAUCAGAAGCAUUACCCAGAUUCUUGAUGAUCGUAAAACACGUUUUUUUUUUUCAUGAUCAGGUGGCUUUGCGAGGGGACUACAAAAAAGAUGUUGAAGAUGUCAAAGAAACAGCGAUAAAAAUGCUAUCACGAGAAUACAGUAACCAGGAUAAAGAGUUCCGCUUGAUCAAUGGCUACAGACGAGUAGACCCCAGGCGAGGAGCGGAGUAUAUCUUAGAUAUCGGAAUUAAAGCAUCUCCGGGCAGUAAGCAGGAAAUUAUCAGGUAUUAUUUCUAGUUCUCUAUGUUGCUUACCUUACCACUUCCUAGAAUUGAAGUUGAAAUAUAACUAUCGUUAAGGAAAAGAGAGCUUUAGCAACGACGUCGUUGACAGCAACGAGAACGGCCAAAAAAAAAAAACAGUAAGGUUAGAUUAGCAAAGCAACAACUUUUUACGCGCAUCACGCUUUUUCUUUUUUCUUUUCGGCGUACAUUUCUUUGCCGUGAAACGUCCUAAGUUUACGUUUUAUGAAGUACGUGAACACGAGACAACGAUUUAAUUGUCCUUUUUCUGAAGCCAGAUACAGUCAUUUAGAAUUCAACUCUAGAAAAAUUGGCCACGUUAAUUUUCACAAAUUGAACGAUGGAAUAAGAGCGAAAAAGUUUGAAGCAGCGCGAAUUCACUUUUUGCGCGACCUUUUCACUGCCCUCGCCGCGUCAUUGAUGCUAAAGCUCCCUAUUCUAUAUAAGACAAGGACGACUGCGAGAACGAGAUUUUUUCAAUACUAAGUAGUACGCGCGCGUGAAGAGGCGUCAUUUUGGCGGGAAAACGUAAUAGCCUUCAUUCUACUGCGGCGGGUUUUAAGGCUGAAUGUCGUAGUGCCGGAACAAGUUAACAAAUCGUUGAAAAUCCAUCAUUUUGCAAUCGGGGGAGGGCUUAAACUCCUCAGUAAAAAUACCUGUCUGAGCUUUCCUGGUGAAAAAAGGAAAAUGAAGCUUUUCGGGGUGUCUUUUUUGUUACAAAAAACCGUCGCCCUCGAAUCUAACGGUGUCUGUCACAUAAAACCACUGCACGGCCACGUUAAUCACCAAUAACCUAGCUUCAUACAAUUCCUCCCUCUAUGAUACUGACACCUGUCUAUUAACCCUUUAAGCCCCAAUAUCAACAUACAAAUUCUCCUGACUGAUCGCCAUACAUUUCCUUCAAGAAUUAGUUGAGAGAAUUUGGUAGAAGAUCAUGGCAUUUUCUAUUUGGUGAUCAUUUUAUUAAUUCUCAUAAUUUUAUCUCUUGACAAUGUAUGGCUUCUGUUAGGAGAAAAUUGUUGUUGGUCACUAUUAGCACUUAAAGGGUUAAGGGCACUUCUCUAGGUCCUACAGAUGGCAUACCACAAUCUCCACCUCUGCAAUAUGGACAUCUUAAGCGCAGCCGUUCUAGUUUUGGGUCAUCAAGCAACGCUCUCAGUGUUGUGUGACGGCAAAAAGAACUGCUGCGUGGGAAAUCCAUUACGCUGUCAGUAUUAACUAGGUUUGUCUGUAUUAUAGGUUUGCAACCACGUGACAAGGCGGCCAUGUUUGUGGCAGGAGCCCAUAAUUGGGAGCGUGCAACUCCCAUAAUUAGCCUAUGCAAUGGCGUUUCCACAGAUCAAGUUAUUUUUACAUCAUUAUGCGUGCGUGUCUUGUACGAUUAUUACAAAAAGAUGAAGUAAAUGGUAUCAAAACAUCAGAAACACUAUUUUCAAGUCUCCGGGUUUUGAUGACGGACUUGUAAGACUAAUUCGAAAUUCAAAAUUGGCUAGGAAAUCGAUCUAGAAGUAAACUGGUCUGAGGAAACGCCGUUGUAUGGGUACAACUCGCUUCGGGUUACAGGCUCCUCUUGGUAGUCAAUACAUUACAAUAAACACUUUUUUGUAGAAGAUACAUGUAAAUGGAGUUUAGUUCCCCGCGGAAAGAAAUGCUUUUGUUCUUGACCAUCAACAUGGCCGCCGUAACGUCACUAGCGACCAAGUAAUUUAUUUGAUUACUGUUUGUUUCAGACGUGUUCAUCUUUUGAGGCCAUACACCAAAGUAGAAAGCAUUCAAAUGCCGACUGCAAUAGAACAGCGUGGAAUUCAUCUUGUUCUUCCAGUCAAGAAAAACCAAACCAAGCAACUCGAGGAAUUUCUUCAGAUGUAUCAAAAAAUCUGUCUGCAAACUGGCGAGAACGUGGUUUUGCUAACGGUGUUUGUUAAUGUUCGAGAAGGUUCCGACGAGAAUAAUGGAGAAAUAUUUGCUGAAGGGAAAGCUCUUAUUGCGCGGUAAGUCAAAUCACUUGAAGAAGUUUUUCCAAAUUUUUGAUCGUUCUCGAGAUCGUUGCGCCAUCUCCAACUGCAUACGGUCUAUAGUUUGCUCAUGUGCAGUACAGAAAAGUUGUUUUACCUUUUUAGGCUCCAUUUGUAUAUAGAAAAGUUGUUAUGGUAGAAGGUCACCGGCCCACCCGAGCUACCCUGAAUAAGCCAAUUUUUAUACUUUUCCUGAAAAGCGUGGGAACCGUUUACACGAGCUACUUACAUUCCGCGUCACCAUUCUGUUAUGAUAGGGUCACCCUCCAAGCCAGGCCAACUUUUCUCUGUAUAAACACUUUGGUCAUGGCGAGACAAUCAGAGCAUGCGCACGGGCUGUUAUCAGUCACGGGCAAAUGGGUCACACGGGCUCAAGAUGACUUGGCUGGGAGGGUGACCCUUGUAUCCAGGACAAUCAUCUGUUCAUGCGCAAUUCAGGCCGCGUCCCCAAAUAUUUCGAUCAAUGAAUGAAAGAUGUUGUGGCUGUGGUGUUAGCGACCAUUUAAAAUCGUCGCUCAAAUGGAAACCAGCCUUUUUAUACGGAGCGGAAGUGUCCAAGUCAAAUAAAAAACGUCCUUUCCUUUAGAGUACUUAUACAUUCGUUUUAAUGUGCUUUGUAACCAGGUACAAACAGAAGUACACGUGGGCUCAGUUACCAUGGAUACAGAUUGGAGUGAAACAGCACUCACUUACACUACUGAUGGAUAUAGUGACCAUGAAGCUUCCGGCCAACGCCCUUAUCUUUCUAACUUCUCUCGGCGUGGAGUUCAACGUCAAUUUUCUUAACCGAUGUCGCGUGAAUGCACUCAGCGGAGAGCAGGUAAGGAACAGAAAACUCAGUUACAAUAAGAAUAGAGAGCUUUAGAUCCUGAGACAAGGACGACUACGACUACGAAAUGUUCUCAAUACUAAGUAGUGCUCGCGCGUGAAGCAACGUCAUUUUGGUGGGAAAAGGUGAUAUCCGUCGUCAUUCUACUACGAGUAUUAGUGAGAAUGGCUUAAUAGCGGGAACAAGUUAUCAAAUUUUAGAAGUUUAAUUAUUUUGCGACCGGGAAAGGGCUAAACCUUCUCCAAUAAAAAUAACCGCCCCAAUUUUUGAGGUGAAAAAUAGUAGAAUGAAACUUUCCGGAUUGAAUAUUUCUCGAGCAUAAACUAAAGCUCUCUAAUAAAGACAAGUUUAACAAAUAAAGCAAAAAGCCUUGGUGUUGGUUAACUUCGGAAAUAUUUAGGGUACACGAAGUUUUGAGAUUACUGAGCUGCACUCUCCCUAGUUAUAAAAUAUAAAGAGCGGAAGUUGCAGACUAGGGCUGUACAUGUAUAUUAAAAGUUUUAAAUUGCGAGUCUCAAAAAUUAGAGCUUAUUAAUCGCGAUAAUGAAAAAUUGCAUUUCUUUGUUAUCCAGGAUGGGUCUAGAAAAGUGAGCUAUUCAAUUUUUAGAGCGAACAAUUAAAAGUUUUAUUACCACUGUCACAUCAAACAGAGACUGGAGAGUAUGGAUGAAAACGUUUCCUUCUUCGACGCCACCGGGGUGUUUGGAAUUGGAACGGGUGUUGUUAAAACAAUGCUAAGGUUGAAUAAGUUUACCUGAGUGUGCCAUGAAUACCUUUGAGCUCGAUUUAGGUCUCUUGUUAGUAGAUCUCUUGUUACUGCGGCAGGAUCAGCUCAGUCGGUAGAGCGCUUGAAUGCGGAGCGGGAGGUCGCGGGUUCAAUUCAAGGUGCAGGAUCAAUGCUCAGGGUCUUAAAAUAACUGAGAAAUGAAGAUACUCGCUUUACCCUGCAAACGGCUCGGAGUUCUUCGCGUGGCUCUGAUGACCACGUAAAAUGGCGGUCCUGUCUCCAGUAGGAGAUGUAACAAUAUAGGGUCCCCAAUUAGUACUUUCAUGCUAAAUACAUUGACACUCAAACAAAUUAGCGUUUUGUAGUGUUUGAACUGUUAGAUAUGUUUCUCAUCGAUCUCUUUUUCUGUGUCUUGACUCCUGUAGGUGUUCUUUCCUGUGCCUUACGCUUACUACGAUCCCAACAUUGUCUACCGCCAAACCAAGAUCCCGGAUGUUGUUCCCAUUCACAAAGACACGGGGCACUGGGACCAAGGCGAGAGACAAAUGGCUUGUUUUGAUAACAAGGACUAUAAGGAUAUGAGAAUGAACAGUGAUGACUUCUUAAAGGAGCAAGAAUCGCAAGAAAGACCGUUGAUGAAGGUAAAGUCAUUUUUUUGGUCUGAUAUCAAUUUAUUUUAUUUCUUGUUGGUUGGUUCCGCCCAUUACUCGGAGCAUUUGUAACCAAUGAAUGAGAACUGGCCGCCUAGACUGGAGAGGUUUCUCGAAAUUUUCGCUUAGUCCUAGCACUGCCGUGCAUACUAUUGAGGAGUAGAGGAGUAAGCUGAUCUUGGGUGUUCGUCCUUAUUCCUCCUUCGAAUAACAAUAACAAUAACAAUAACAUUUAUUAUUUGUAGUGCCUUUUCUAUAAAAUAUUUAAAAGCGGCAGACAACCGGUCCCAAAUGUCAAAUGUAAACACAAUGAGUUUACUACAAAACAGUGAAUAUUCGUCAAAUAUAACUAUUUUUCAAAAGCUCCAAACUUAACGAUGAUAGACGAGGAGAAAUAUUAACAAUGCAAGGCUUUCUUUCAACAACAAUUAUCAUGUUAAAAACGUAUUUCAACAUCCAACAUAAGUGGCUGAAAACGCAAUUUGCAAGCUUAAAUGAUUACCGUUCUAUGAUGACGUGAUGAUCAAUGUGUUUUACUUUCGAACGCAUUGCAAGACGAAUCUCCCCAUGUAUAUUGAUGAUCUCUUUAUGACGAGCAAAUCUGCACGGUAGCGAGACGAGCCGUAUCCAUAUAACUUUGAAAGCUUUGAAACUGAUUUUAUUAAUUCUUAUAUAUAAAUAAAUAAAUAAAUAAAUAAAUCUUAUAUGUCAAUAAAACUUUGUAAUUUUAGGGUAGGUAGUUUAGUACAGGGCCACUAGUUUACUGAUUUAGUAAGUUGGUUAAACCCGCUGUUUCUUCACAUGCUCUCCGUUCUUUAUUUUAAAGGUAUUUGCGGCGAGCCCCUUACAUGUUUUCCAAGCAGUCGACAUUGAUUUACGCAAGCGGUACCAAACAGUCACGUGUGACCCACACCUGAACGAGGACGAGUAUAACAAGUGCCUCGCUUUCAAAGCAGAAGGGAUGGCUUCUCGUUCCCAGCUUGCCCUUCUCAUGUUCGAGAUGGAACAGAAGAGUCGGGGGAAUGAGGCGACAGAAGUGCAUCAAUUACUUUAG